CUGGAGCGCCGGCAUCGAAGGGCUGCAGUCGUGAUCGGAUGAUCGACGUGCACGGAUCGUCGCUGGUCGUAGCGCAAGGUGCUCGAUUAUUAAAUGAGGAGUGAAGGAAAAACAAGGAGACACAAAAAAUUGGAGUUUCGGGUAAACUCGCGGAAAUUUGAGAAAUUUUGCACGACGAGCGAUCACGACGAGCGAUGUCCCUCACGAACGUUUUUCAGAAAUGUCUACCUUCGCAACGAAGAAUUCCUAAUUAGAGCCAAUCCAAGCAGUUCCGUAUAAAGCUACACUUUCUAUCUGACAAGAAAAACAACAAUUAGGGGAGCCAAUGAGUAAUCUUGAUGCUUUUCGAGCAUCCUGUAAGACACAUUGAACACAUUAGGUUCAACGUUCAUGUCAAUGAAAAUAAUUGACAAAAAUCAUUGACAGUACGGCACUUGAUCGCGAGGCGUACGUCUCUGCACGACAUCGCUCUUGAAUAGCCUGGGAACUGUCGAAGAAAGUGAAGUGGGUCCUGGAGGAGGACCCAAGGAGAGUGAGGAGAGAAGCGCCGAGAGAAAAUCCGGCGUGCAGCGCCGGAAACGCCGUCCGCAGGAGCAGCCUCAAAAUGUCGUACGCCAACCGAUUCCCGUCCUCCCAGCAUACCCGUUAUCGGAGUAGCUGGGGACCAUCCUCGGUUUCCGUCUUCAAUCGCGCCGACGUGCCGCGACCCUCGCCGGAAGAAGAAGAGUUUGAAUUCUACCACGAGCGGCUGCAUUCGGCGCAGAGCCGUCAGCUGAUUCCACUUCAGGAGGACUUGGCCGACUGGAUCAACAAGACGAUAAAUGUGGAUUAUAUAACGGGUGACAAUUUCUUCGAUGUACUUGAUAAUGGAGUGAUUGUGUGUCGGCUGGCAAGAGUUAUCCAGGAAAAGGCAAGAUCUGCGAUAGAGGCUGGACGAGCGAAAGGAACGGUACCAGUGAUACGUGGACGUUGCUGGGAGAACGCGGCGCGUCGCAGCUUCUUCUCCCGCGACAACAUGGAGAACUUCAUACAAUUUUGCCGGCGGCUGGGCGUCCACGAGAAUCUUCUUUUCGAAAGUGACGAUCUUGUCCUACAUGGCCAACCGCGGAAUGUUGUCUUGUGUUUACUGGAAGUCGCGCGAUUGGCAGCCAGAUACUCUCUAGAGCCACCUGGGCUCGUGCAACUCGAAAGGGAAAUCGCGGCGGAACAAGAAAGGGAUCUUCAUUGUAUGUCGGAUAGUGGUAUAUCCCAUAGCAGCCUCGUCUCUUGGCAGUUUCAGUCACCGUCGCCGACCGCGACACCCAGACCGCCGGCGGAGAAGAUUAAACACAGCAGCUCGGCGUCCGAAGUCGCAAUGACGGGCACACGAUGGCUGGAUGGUCCGGUGACUGGUGGUACGCACGAACCUGAAAUGCGAAGGUCCGUUAGCGACAACGGGCCAACUGGUAGUGACGGAGUUCCCAGCGACACUACCGAGGACGAUUGGUCCCGUGGUAGUGUCGAAGAUCCUGACGAAGUGCCGUCGCCAUCAAGCUCGCCAUCGCCGUCGCCGGCUGAACCGCCGGAGCACACCGGACCGAUAACAGAACUCGAUCGCAAGGUGCGAAGAGCCACCGAGGCCGUCCAGAGACUCUGCCAGUGUCCGUCGAAUAAGUGUUCCAAGCUGAAGGUGCGCAAAGUUGGUGAAGGCCGCUACCACAUCGCGGGACGUAAUGUUUUUAUAAGACUUCUCAAAGGGAGACACAUGAUGGUGAGAGUGGGCGGCGGAUGGGACACCCUGGAGCAUUUUCUGGCGAGGCACGACCCCUGUCAGGUGAGGGUCCUCAACCGCGAGGGCACGCCGCCUCCUCCUCGCGGCACCAAGCACGACAGCUUCUUGCACAUUCGCGCCAAGUAUCGCAGCCCGCCGUCGGAGUCGAGCCUCUCACGUCGGUCACUAGCCUAAGAGCACGUAGUGCCUAAUCACGCGCCCACGCGAUCACGCGACGUGGGGUCCCUUGGGUGAAGCUACUCGCACGCCUGGCGCACGUGCGAAUUGAUAUAUCUCGGGGCACACCGACAUACCGCUAUCGCGUCUCUCGAGCACGUCUACGGACGUCUCGUCGGCCUAUGUGUCAAACAAAUGCGAUGAAAUGACGCGUGGCGGCUCGAGUUACCGUAAGGACGGCAAUUCGCAUCAUCGCACGAUUUUUCACGCAUGAUAUACAUUCCUUCUUUUCAACUACGUUCGGUGAGUUGACGAUUUUGAGGGAAGAAAGGCGCCGCAAAAACCGCCUAAGAGCUUGCGGUCACUUAUGCACAUUCCGAUACUCAUACAUGCUAUUUUACGUGAGUUCUCUCCACGGCGAGAAAUCACCGUACGCACCGCCUCUAUACACCGGUUAGCAACGAUACCUCUUCCAUUCUCGUAUCUACAGUACAUCCUGAAUUGUAUACUGUAACAUGUCGGUCACGGUGUUGAGAAGCACAGGGAUCGCGAUUUUUACUACGUCCAUAUCAGGUGGUUGAAGAGCAUGCAAGUGUCGAAGAAUAUCCUCACAGACGCGUCGCAAUUUUUUCGGAGAAGGGACGAAUAGUCAGAGCUCUGUGAUUCAAGAGACUUUGACUAUUCGGACUUUCACGCAUUGCCAUGUCAACGAAUUCACUGCGUGCUUUCAUCUUGAAUCACCUCUUCAGGCACUAACAUUUGCAGCAUCUACUCGGAAGUUUCUUCUAGGAAGUGUGCUGCAUCUUUGGUAACGGUAGCGUUAAGAUCGCAAUGACCAAACUUUAUUUUCGGAACACUUUCGUGUCAUCAUGAUAAUCAUUAUAUUAAUAAUAUAAAUAAUAAUAAUAGGAAUUUUUUAAUAAAUAUUUACUUAAGCUCAAACGUGCUGCGUUUGUAUGUGCAAUAAAAGCAAUAAAAGUGCAAUUAAACUCUCAGGUAGAAAAUCGUCCGUGUCAUGCCUUAAAAAAGAUCGAUUAAUCUUUUUCUUCCUUUUAAGAAAAUUUCUUCGCAACUCAAUAUGCAAUUUUCUUCUUUGAAAUAAUAUUCAUCACGGAUUCACUUAAAUUUCGUAGUCAAAUAAUAUUGCUACGUUUUUACUAUCUCGAUGUUGUAACGUAGUUUUUAAUAUGCAACUCUAUUCGGAUUUCAAGUGCGUUUUGGUCAUUGCUAUAUAUCCUAUAAACCAAUAUAUUCAUACAGUGCACUGCCAUAUUUUGCAGCGAUCAGGCACUUAUAAUAAUCGACAGGGUCGGCUUAAUUUUCUGUGUAUUACUUUCUACACAUUUGAUUUAGGAAUCACUUACAACGUAUAAUUUGACCCACAUUACUUAAUAAGUGAAUUUUUCUAUAUUCGCAUAAGAGUCGAUAUCAUCGAUAUUUAUAAAAAUCAUACAUCGUUUAAAGAAUGGCAUGUAUUUAAGAGAGCUUUAAAAUAUACGUUAUCAAUUUUUCGCAAUUUUAUUUGAACUGUAAUUUUCUGCGAGCUAGUGAUUCUUAUUUUAGUCGACCCUGAAAUUUAUAGAUACACAUUAGCAUUCGAUUAAUACCUAAUAAACUUGUAUUGCCUAACGUGUAAAAUGUUUCACGAUAAUAUUUGGCACACAUAUAUACAUUCAUAUAAUAGAUCUAUAUGUUUUGUACUUUUAUAUAAAUAUUUAGGAUAUGCUAAGGAAGAUAUUAUGGGAUUGGCGUAUUGCCGAAAUAAUUAAACCAUAUGAUUAUUCCGCUUACAGAAGUGCAAGAGCACAGUGUGCAAAGGAAUACCAAAGCAAAGAAACACGCGACGAGUAAUGUCAGCUCGUUGAAGCUAAUUACCCAUCAUCCGUGAUCCGUUUAUCGCUCGUGUCAGCAUCAGAGGAUUAUCAUUGUAUUUCACGAAUUGAGAACUUUUACGAAUUUUACGAAAUUAGUUAAUCAGUUCCCUGCGUUCGAGUAUCCUUUGCGAAAUAGUAGAAUCAGUGUUAAAUUGCGAUUUGCACUGCGCAAUUACAAAUAAGCUUAAAUUUAGUAAGCUAUUACUGGAUACAGGGCUUUACGUUACACAGAUAUAAAUUGCGAAGGGUGUUACUUCUUAUGUAAAGAAAAACCGCCCUGCCUAAUUAAACUAAUUUUCGCCAUAUUAUGUAAUUGUAAAUAAUACGUCAUCUGACAUAUCGACAGAUAAUUGAUUUAAGUUAAUUGUACCUGCUUUAUACCGCGUUGAUGUGUAAUAUUCGCGGAUUUUGUGUAAACUGUAUAAUCUAUGUACUUCUAAUAAGUUGUUUAUACACGUAACUCGUCAAGCGCCUUUUUAUUAUAAAUUAUGUUAUCGAUAUUCGAAUCUUUCGAUAUGCGCUAACAUUGCGACGCAUAAAGUAGAAUUGUGCUUUGGUGAUAUUAAACUGUUACAAAUUUAUUUAAAUUGUUUAUAAUAAAAUAUUAAAACAGUAUAAUCGAGAGAUAAACAUUUUUUAAAACAGACUAUUGGCUACUUUAAUAUUGUUUCAUUGUAAUUAUUCAGCUAUUAAAGUAUUGUAAUAGUAUCAUAUUGCAUAUAUAUAUAUGUUUAGUUCUUGUUUAUAAUAACAGCACUAAGCUUUCACAAAUUUUAAGAUUUCGUCUAUAUGCAAACUGUAUCGUAAGCAACAUUAUCUUUAUCUAUUCAACUAAGUUCGCAACUAUUAUGUCGGUUGUUAUAUUUUGUUGAACAAUAAAAUAUCUGACAGUAAAA